AUGGACAUACAGGAAUACACUCCCAACCUUGCUGCAGGUGACGAAGAAGUUCAUGUUGGACGGCCAGCAGUCCUUGAGGAUAUUAGUAAUCCAGACUGGGCCCCAACACAGAACCUUGGUCAUCGUAAAGUGUCCCAGGAAUUGGUCGCCAUCAGUUGUGCUCGGCAUCAAAGGAUCCAGGAGAGAAAGUUGAAGAAGGAUAAGGAGAUGUUUAUGGCAGCGCAGACACUCAUGGACAUACAGGAAUACACUCAACCUUGCCAUGACGAAGUUCAUGUUGAACAACAGGAACAGUUGUCCCUACUAGCCAUCGGCCAGACAUUUCAGACAGAGAAGCAAACCAUUGUGUCUAGACCAGCUGCCUGCCAGACAGAAACAGUAACAGUUGCAACUGUCGGCUGCCAAAGAGACCUCACCCUAAUGGAGACGACCAUGUUUGAUCAGCAGGAUGAGGACUUGAACCAGUUACGAACAGAGGUGUAUGAACUCCGUUCUACAGUAGGUGACUACAAUAACCUCAACCUCAGUAAUGAUGAUGAAAAAGUCCUUUUUAUACAGGGCUGCCAAACUAUGCUGUACUAAUGUGCAUUUUUUAUUAUGUUUGCCUUAAUAUUACCCAUUCAAUUAAUUCAAAGCAAUCCCCGUUUCAAGAAUUUGUUAUGUUUCUGAUGCAUCUUCGUUUAAACACAUGCUUCCAGGAUUUGGCCUACAGAUUUAAAGUAUCUCUUUCAACUGUGUCAAGGAUAUUUUAUAAAUGGGUAGAUACAGCAGAUACAAAAUUAAGACAUUCCAUUGUAUGGCCUACUGGCACAACAGGCUGGGAAGAAAAUAAAUAAAAAAUAGAAAAAUAAAAAUCAGUCGACACACACACACACACACACACACACACACACACACACACACACACUCACCCUGAGAA